CUCUUCACUUUCUCAACCAACAAUGAUGGGUAUUCGUUUGCCGUUUCUUGUUAAUGCAAAACACACGUCGUUGAAGUCCAACAAUGUUCCAAAGGGUCACGUUGCAGUUUACGUCGGAGAUCUCGAAAAGAAGAGGUUUGUGGUUCCGAUAUCAUAUUUGAAGCACCCCUUGUUUCUUGAUUUGCUGAACCGAGCAGAAGAAGAGUUUGGGUUCAACCAUCCCAUGGGAGGCCUCACCAUUCCUUGCAAAGAAGAAGCUUUCAUCAAUCUCACUUCUCAAAUGCGUGCCUUCUCAGACAGACACCAUUGUUAAUUACGUACUACCUACUACUCUUAAUUGACUCACUCAUUUUGACUAUCUUCUAUUUCUUUAUUUUUGUAUCAUUCUUACUAUUAUAUAUAUAUUGUGCUCACUGUCUGGAUAAUCAAAA